CAUCAAAUUGUCACUAACAACAUCAAAAAAUGGCUCAACGGACGUGGCAUACUUUCUUCGUAUUAGUUUUAAUAUUUACGAUUUUAUCAAUUGUAGGCGAUGUUUUAUCAACAUCACCAGGGCCAUGGUACGAGAAUUUGCCAGCAGUCACCAUGGAUUAUAAAGUACACAUUGAUGCUGGCAAAGAAGAUUGUUACUUUCAGUAUGUGCAACCUGGUGCGACAUUUUACGCUAGUUAUCAGGUGUUAAAAGGAGGAGAUGGUAUGUGUGGUUUUGCGGUGCGACAUCCUAAUGGGCAGAUUGUACAUCCGUACGAAUGGCGGCAGAGCGCUGAAUACGCGGACCAGACGAGUUCGGGCGGGUACUACGCCGUGUGUAUUGACAAUCAGUUCUCCAGGUUUGCAGGCAAGCUGGUGAAUCUGUACUUAUCAGUGAUCAGAUAUGACAUGUGGGAGAAGUAUGCCAAGGAGGUGGAAGAGCUUGAUAUGAAUAUAAAGAAUUUUACACAUUCCAUUCAAUUUGUGGAGCACAACAUCAAUGAGAUCCUGCAGUAUCAGUACCAUUCCAGAGCUCGGGAAUCCCGAGACUUUAAUCUAUUGCAGGACAAUAAUGCUUAUGUACUUAGAUGGUCAUUCAUUCAGAUCUUAGCUAUUGCAGCUACGGGGACAUUGCAGGUUUAUUUUGUAAGAAAACUUUUUGAGGUUAAGGAUAACUCGUCCAAAACAAGAAUAUGAUUUAUUUGUUAUGUUAAGUUUUUUUAAUUGUUGUCUCCCUUCUGACUGAGUUCUGUGUUACUUGUCAUUCGUGUUUAAUGAUCUCCGAUUUUUUUUUAUUUUUAUAAGCAUAUUGGGAUGUAUUAAAAAAUCCCUGAAAUAAUACUCUCAAUUUCCACAAUGCAGUAAUAAUAAAUUAUUAUUUUUUUACUUUAAUAGUUAUAAUCCUUCGCUUGAUGUACAUAUUAAUUAUAUUUUUGAUGUUAUACAAAUUCCAAAUUUAUAUUAAAAGACAUAUUUUUGUAUACCUAUUUAGUAUGCAUAUCUGUGCUCUGCAGAAAUAUAUGUAUAUUUCUACUUGAAAAGUCUACCUAAUAAAGUUAACAAAUCAUGUGCCAAUUUUAUGUGGUGUUAAUUGUUAUAUUGUACAAAGAAUCUGAUUUAUUUGUGAUGAAUCGGCCUUGAAAAUGACUAUGGAAUAAUAUAAAUAAAUGUUGAGUACU